AAGACUCCAUCUUCACAUGGCAGAAAUAUGUUACCCUUAAUCCACUCCAUUCCCAAUUGAACCUCUCAUCGUAAACACUUCAAAGACAAGUUAGCUUCCAUCCUCCAUUAAUGGAGGAUUAUUCUUAUAACCCAUCAAAUUCCAAAUCAUCAAAUGUCCUCCACGGAAAGUACGAAAUCGACAGAAUCAUCGGCCUCGGAUCCUUCGCCAAGGUCUACCUCGCAAAAAACCUCGAAACUAAACGAAAUGUCGCCGUUAAAGUCAUCUCCAAGGAUGAGAUUAUCAGAUGCGGGAUGAUGGAUCAGAUGAAGAGAGAAAUCGCCGUCAUGAAAAAGGUCGAUCAUCCAAAUAUUAUCAAGUUUCAUGAAGUCAUGGCUAGCAAAUCGAAGAUCUACUUAGCAAUGGAGUACGCUAAAGGAGGGGAGCUUUUCACUAAAGUAUAUAAAGGCCGGCUGGACGAAAACGAUGCCAGGAACUUUUUCCGGCAGCUUAUCUCGGCGGUUGAUUACUGUCACGGAAUGGGUAUUUAUCAUCGUGAUCUGAAACCGGAGAAUCUUUUGUUGGAUGAAAAUGGGAAUUUGAAGAUCACUGAUUUCGGUUUAUCAGCUUUAUCCGAGCAUUUAAGAAAAGAUGGGUUACUUCAUACUGCAUGUGGUACUCCGUCCUACGUUGCACCAGAGGUGAUUGGUAAUCGUGGGUACGAUGGUUCCAUGACGGAUCUAUGGUCGUGCGGUGUCAUUCUCUUUGUUCUUCUUUCUGGUUACUUGCCGUUUCAAGCGGAUAACGUGAUCUCUCUUUACAAGAGGAUUUGCAGAUCGGAGAUUAGAUUUCCGAAUUGGGUUUCUGAUGAAGCUCGAGUGAUUCUGAAUCGAAUUCUCGAUCCAAACCCACACACAAGAAUCACCAUUGCUCAAUUAAUGGAAACAGACUGGUUCAAAUUCAAGUUCAAUAAAGAAAUUGAUCCAAUUGAAGAAUUACCAGAAAUGGAAAGUGAAAUUGAAAUUGAAAGAGAGAACUUCAAUGCAUUUCAUUUGAUUUCGAUGUCUGAUGGGUUUGAUUUGUCUGGGUUGUUUGAUAAGGAGAAGAGAGAGUUGAGAUUUGCGACGGAGAAGUCGACAAGGAUGGCGGUGGAAAGGUUGGAGGAGGUGGCGGCGGCGGCGAAGUUUAGUGUGAAAAUGAAUGGGGAAUUGAAGAUGAAGAUUGAGGGGAAGGAGAAAGGGAGGAAAGGGAAGUUGAUGAUUGCGGCGGAGAUGUUUGCUGUGACGGCGGCGUUGACGGUGGUGGAGGUGAAGAAGGACGGCGGUGAUACGGUGGAGUAUAAUAGGUUUUGUUGUGAGGAAUUACGUCCGGCACUUACUGAUAUUAUGUGGACUAGUGGAAAUUCUAUGACUGCUUAAUUUAGUUUUAUUUUAGUUGAUGGACUUUUAAUUAAUAUUCUAAUUCUAAUGUUAAGUGUAUUUCAUUUUAGUUUA